AUGGCGGUUUUCGUAGAUCAGACUGGCACCUUGGUCAAAGCCUUGAUUACUAUAGUGGUUCUCCAAGUCGUCGGAAAGGCCAUUUACAAUGUUUUCUUCCAUCCGUUGCGGGCCUUUCCCGGCCCCGUCUCUCAUGCCAUGUCUCCCAUUCCAUAUUGCUAUCGGUUGCUACGGGGCCGGCUCCCAUUUGAUAUGCUAGCAUUGCAUGAAAGGUAUGGAGAUGUCGUCCGGAUCGCACCAGGCGAGCUGGCAUUCGCGCAUGCAGACGCUUGGAAAGAUAUACAUGGACAUCAGCCCAAUGGUGGCGAGGAGUGUGGGAAAUGGAUGAGCUUCUACAAGUAUGCAGAUGGCACGCCCACCAGUAUCGCGAAUGCAGAGCGGGAGGAGCACGGUAUCUUGCGACGUCAAUUAUCCCAUGGUUUCUCUGAACGGUCCAUGCGGGCGCAAGAGCCCCUCAUCACCCAGUAUGUCGACCUGCUCAUCCAGCGACUACACGAGAAGUGUGGUGACGGCACCAAGCCCCUUGAUAUGGUAUCUUGGUACAAUUUCACCACUUUCGAUAUCAUUGGCGAUCUAGCCUUCGGAAAGCCGUUCGGGUCCUUGGAGAACUCCGUAUAUCAUCCGUUCAUCCCGCUGCUCCUCGAGUCGGCCAAGAUGGGGACACUGAUGUUGAGUUUGAGCUUCUAUCCCCUUCUGAAGAAAAUCUUCCUGGCGAUGGUGCCGAAAUCGGUAGUUAAAGCGUUUCAGGACCAUCGAGACGUGUCCGUUGCCAAACUACGCGAGCGUAUGCAGGCGGGAAAUGAACGCGAUGACUUGAUCGAAGGACUCCUCAGGAAACAGGAUGAACUGGAUCUCAACAUGGAUCGUCUCGAGGCGAAUGGAACUAUACUUCUUAUUGGAGGCUCUGAAACCACGGCAACCCUACUUUCCGGAAUCACCUACCUACUCUUGCAGAACCCAGAAGUAUUGGCGCGUUUGACUAAAGAAGUUCGUUCCUCGUUUCAGUCAGAGGAGGAAAUUACUAUGGAUUCCGUAAACAGUCUAUCAUACUUGUUAGCCUGUCUGAACGAAGCCCUGCGCUCCUACCCCCCGAUUCCCAUCGGGCUACCUCGAGUGGUGCCUAAGAGCGGGCGGCAAAUUCUUGGACAGUAUGUUGCGGCAGAUACCAUUGUUGCCAUUCAUCACUGGGCUACCUACCACAACAAGAAAUACUUCACCGACCCAUUUGGCUUCCAUCCGGAACGGUUUCUUGGGGAUGAGCGAUUUGCCAACGACAAGUUUGACAUUCUACAACCGUUUAAUUUCGGUCCUCGGAACUGCCUGGGACGGAAUUUGGCGUAUGCCGAGAUGCGCUUGAUCUUGACCCGUCUGAUUUAUAACUUUGACCUGAAGCUCGCCGAUGACAGUGUCGGGUGGAUGGAGCGACAGAAUAUUUUCUUCUUGUGGAAUAAACCGCCGCUGCACGUCUUUCUCACGCCGGUGAAACGAUCAUGA